AUGCACAACAAAUGUAAAUACACAAAUUUAAACCGCACGCUUUCCAAUUUUCCAGAUGAGAAAUUUUUCCAUAUAAAAAGGGAUUCAACAAAUACGAUAAAACAUUCCUUACAAUGGACGGCAACUGUUGACUCAACACAGGGGUAUAGAAAUAUGGCAACACCAAUGAAAAAUUCAAAGAGGUUCAAUACAUUUAAAGACGAAAACAAAAAAGAGACAGUAAAUGAAAAUACCAGAGCAAUAAAUGUGAGAGACUUAAAGGAUUCAAGACAAAACACAAUAGCAAUGCCAAACAAAAUUACGAAAGUAACAGUCACACAACAACGGGCAACACUGAAACAAAGCUCCAUUGCAAAUGAUUCUAACGUAAUUUCGCGAAACAAGCGUUCUACCCUCUUCAAACAAUCUAAUAAUAAUAUUGGGUUCCCAUUUCUCAAACGACAACCAACACAAUCCACCACGCGAGAAAUAAGCACGUCAAUCAAAGCUGGGAAUCGGGAAUUCCUCAACGUCUUCCGGGAGAAUAGUAAUUACUUCGGAUCUGACGUGCAACCGAGGAGGUUCAACUUGGAGAUCGGUGGAAACCUUCGCAAACUGUUGGGGUGGAACGGUGAUAGAUUUACAGAGACCAGUGAACAAUGUAAGUGGUGUGGUGGAUGA